AGAUACACACUAAAAGAUUUUUUUCAGAAUGCGUUUUGUUUUCACAUGAAAUGUUUGGGUGCUUUUUAAAAGCAUAGAAUUCCAAAUAAAAUGAAAAUAGUGCUGUUAAUUGUUGGCUGGCUAGGUAUAGCCUGCAAUGGCUAUAAACUACACCUGCAAGCCAACGUUGGCGAAUUGUUUACCUAUAAAAUUGAACCGCAACUUUUCAAUUGGACGCAUCAAGUGAUUAGCGAACAGUUUCGCUAUCGUCCCUCGCUGGAGAAUUAUCCCGAUUUGCCCAGUUGGAUGCGCUAUAUGUAUAGUCACGAGUAUCAUGCGGGCUUCCUGUAUGGCACUCCACCCGAUUCGGUGGCUGGGAAAACCCUCAACUUGGAUCUGGUUGCCCUAAAUCGACAGAAUUAUGAGACGCGUCAAUUGAUUAUCACAAUGUUUGUCGCCCACAAGUUUAUCACACCGAAUGUGAUCCAAAUGAAGAUUGAUAAUCUGAAUUGGGUGCACCUGAUGGAUCCGGGACGUGUGGAGAAUUUACGCAACAUCUUUCGCAAGGAUCUAUGGCCGGCCAGCAAAGAUGAUCUCAGCAUUGUAUUCAUGGAAUCCGCCGUAAAUAUGGGCGGGCGUUUGCCACUCCGUCCGCAGCAGCGCGAGGGUGUAAUUGUGCACGUUGGCAGUUUUGCGCAGUUCUCGGCACGCUUGAAGGAGCUGCAGGAGGAAGUGCGUCCACUGUACAAGUUGCCAUCGUGCACCUACAAGCGAACCUCUGUGCAAAAGAUAUUCGAGAAUGUUGGCUUCAAGCUCGAUUGGUGUGCCUUUAAAAUGGUCGGCAUAGAGUCGCCCACAGAGAUACACUAUCACAACAAUCAUGCCAGUGGCAGACAGAAGGAUCAUCAGCAGCAGCAACAGCAGCAGCAGCAACAGCAGCAGCAACCGCAACAACACUUCGAGGAGCAGGAGGAACGUUGGAUAGGCAUUCCACGGGAGGAUGUACCCGUUCGCAACUAUAUCGAUGAGUUUGCGUUUGCUUUUGCCAUUCCGGGCAUGAUCCUUGCCAUCCUCGUUGGCAUUCUAUCUGCUGUGCUCUGCUUUCAUCAUCAGAAAUUUUAUGAUCCACAUUCUGAGUAUUUCUUUGCCAAUAUUUUUCACAUAUGCGAAGAGUGUUGCGCCAAAACGCAAAGCGACUCGGAAGCUGACGAAGACAGUUCGAUCAACUUGGAUUAUCCGAUGUCGUCGACGGUGCAAAUGGUUCAAUGCUCCGACACAAAUCCCAUGCAACCGGUGACAACGCUAAAGAGCCUCAAGGAUCCCAAUUUUCUGCUCGACAAUAUAAGCAUGCGUUCACAAAGUCCUAACAACAGUUUGUAUCUGAUGGAUGGUGGCGCCUCUGGUUUAUAUGCACGUCCCAAACCGCCACCGUAUAAGGGCGGCACUCUCGGGCGGAAUGGUGUGGAUAUUUGACAGACAUCGCCUCGAGUGCUCUACUGUUAAACAAAAGGCGCUUCACUUAAUUGAAAGAAAAAAAAACAAAACAAAAGUAAGCAAUACGCAAGAUAGUCAAACUGCAAUUGGCCGGCACAGCAGUAUUAGGCACAAAAAUACAUAUUACACUAGUCUGGCAUAUCAUAAUAGCAUUGAACUACAUACAUAUAUAGUAAUAUCAUUUAUAUAGCGUUAUGUGUAGCAAAUUUUACUUUGAUGUUUAGCUUUGUUGCAAAUAAAUAAUCAUUUUUAAA